AUGGCAAGCUACAGAUUAGAUCCCUUUUCCAAGCUGCCAUCAGAGAUUUGUGUCAACGUUCUCAUUUCCAUCAACAACACGGCAAUGAUAUCACAGUUGAUCCAAGCCUCGCCAGUCUUGCUUGCACAAUAUUGCGCAAGCAAAAUGUACAUCAUAAAGAAGAUUAUCGACUAUGAUGAAGGCAUGAUGCAAGACGCCAUGGCGAUCAUCCUGUUCCCGCGCGUUUCUUCUCCUGGCCAGGGACUUAUAUAUGAGCGCCCUGCAACCGCCGUACGCGUACAUCUUCGCAAAUGGUCAAAGUCUCAACUCCCGGACCCUCUCAAGAAAAACGACCACCCUCUCGCAGGUAAACUGAUUAGUUUACAUGGUCGGAUCAUGAUUUAUCUCGAGGACUACGUCACUAAAGCCACUGCGUACUUCCCCCCUCGAGAAUAUCUUUGUCUACCAGACAUCCAGGAGCCGUGGGCUGAGGCAUACUCCAAGUUCAGAGGUUCCAAGGUGACACCGCGAUUCAAUUCUGCAAAUCUCACGACUUUAGAGAGGAAAAGGUUGUUGAAGGCGUUUCUGAGGUACUACUUGACGUCCGAGGCCAACUUCCUUGCUCCAGUUCCCACUGGCAUACCACCACACAAAGUCAGCAAAGCGGAAGAACAAGCUCUCAUAUGUAUCUCCAAUUACUUCAAAAGUCUGUACGGCGCAAUCUUUGCCCAGUGCACUGAUACUUGGCUCCCAACCAUAUCAUCAGUUACUUCAUCAUCUGAACCUGGGCUACUAUAUCCGAAUGACUUUUAUUUCGACUAUGACGUCUAUGCAGAUGGAAUCAAGUUCUCCUAUAACUAUCGCGCUUACGGAGGCGGCAGUUUCGGUCUUGGUUUUGAAAUUCUGGGGCCUGGUCGUCUCACCGAGUUUCUUCGCUAUGACAUGUCCAAAGCAAACGAGAUAAGAGCCCUUAGGCGUGAAUUGAAAUCUCUCUGGCAUAGCAAUUGCCUGCAACCCUGGAACGGUCGGGAGCUAACUGUUGGACUCUUUUUCGAUACUCGUGAUGAUUACAAAGAUGGUUGCGAAUCAUUGAUGUAUGAGAUGCUGGCGCCGACUAUGGAGCAGCGUACAAACGGUGGUAAAAUCGCUUGUCAGCGGGCGUGGGUUUUCUUCGAUAACAGUCGUUUGUACCCUCAAGAGACGGAUGAACGACCGAACUUUCCAUCCGAGGAUUUUCUCGAGGAAAGGAGUCGGCAAACGAGGUGGCGGCGCAAGCAUAGCGAGAAGAGGAAGAUGCGACGAUCACAACUGUGGCAUGACGGGCUGAUGGACGAUGAUUCGGAUGAAGUUUUUGGUAAAUGA